UCUUCUAACAAAACAACACACAUCUAUUUCAGGAUUUUCAUCUGCAAUUUCGGGAUUUCUGUGAUUUGCUCGAAUUUAAUGAUUUUUGAUUAUCUUGAUUCUAUUUUUAACAAACUCUAGUUUCAACAUGCAUAUUUUAUAAAACCUGUUUUUAGAUUUUAAAAUAAAAUAAACAUAAUGUUUGUAAUCGUAUUUUAUUGUCUUCUGGCAGCUCAAGAAAUGAGUUAAACUGAGCUAAACUGAGCUAAACUGAGUUAAAUUGAGCUAAACUGAGCUGAAUUGAGCUUAUAAAUGUGCUAAACUAAGAUAAACUGAGCUGACUUGAGCUAAAAUGUGCUAGACUGAGCUGACUUGAGCUAAAAUGGGCUAAACUGAGCUAAACUAAGCUUAACUGUGAUAUACGAGCUAACAUGAAGAGAAGAAAUGUUCAAACCCUAUCUCUGGUGAUAGUAACGUUUACCUACUUAUUGGUUGGAGCAGCUAUAUUUGAUGCUCUUGAAGGAACAAAUAAUGAGAACGCUUUGGAGGGUUUGAUCAAGAUUCGAUCUGACUUGAAGGAAAAAUAUGCUAUCACAGAUGAUGAUUUUAAGAUCAUAGAGGUUUUGAUCGAAGAGAGGAAAUCCCACAAGUCUGGACCUCAAUGGAAGUUUGCCGGUUCAUUCUAUUUCUCUCUAGUUGUACUCGCACUUAUAGGUUAUGGACACUCUACCCCUGCUACUAAACUUGGGAAGGUAUUUACCAUCUCAUAUGCUUGCCUUGGUAUACCCAUAGCAAUGAUUAUGUUCCAGAGUAUAGGAGAAAGAAUGAACAAAGCUAGUAGUGUCCUUAUAAGGAGGUUACGGACCUGGCUGGGCUGCCAGCAAACAGAAGCAAGUGAGACAGAUCUUAUCUUGGCAAGCUCAGCCAUGUCUUUAGUUUCAAUCAUUUGUGGAGCAUACCUUUACCAUACACAGGAGGGUUGGAGCUACUUUGACAGUUUCUAUUACUGCUACAUCACUCUGACUACAAUUGGGUUUGGAGAUUUUGUAGCGCUACAACAGAAUAAAUCUUUAGAGAUGAGACCAGGAUAUGUCAUCUGCAGUUUCUCCUUCCUCCUUUGGGGACUUAGUUCCGUAGCAUCAUCAGUAAAUCUUCUAGUGUUAAAGUUUAUGACAAUAUCCCUGGAAGAAGAGCAGCAGGGAGAAGAUGAAAUGCAAGACGUAGCAGCUAACGUUGAUACUUUCGAUGAUGUGGAAAUUUUACCUAACCAUACCUAUGACGGAUCAGCUGAUUUAUUCAAACUUGAGAAAGACGACAUGUCCGUUUGCAGUUGCACAUGUUACAGUAUGCCGAAGCAGCAGAUGAAGAAAGUUUCAAGCACUGAGGGAAACAUCAGCUUACUCCGGAGAUUAAUGAAGAGGUUUGGUUUGGUUGAGGAGGUCAGUGACUCCGGCAGCCAUUACUAUGAUCAUGAGACUAUGAGCAUCAGUAACUACACCAAACUACAGAUUAAACGAUCAUCAUUCUAAGAGAUCUUUAAAAUGUCCUCCUUAGCUAUUUUUCUUAAAAAUGACUCAAAAAAUAUUUCCUGCCACGUGUUCCGUAAAAAUCCACGUGACUCUUUCUAGAAAUGCCACGGUUAAGGACUGAAUUUCUGAAUCCAUUUUAUAAGGUUCUUAUAUUGGGGUUUCCAGUGGAAACGGGAAAUCUUUUUGCAAAAGAAAAAAAGAUUUUUUCCGUAAAUUUUACAUUUUUUCGUGAAAUUUCGCUAUGAUCUGUUUCGCGAAA